AUGAAGGAGAGUAUUCAGGAUGACAUUCCUCUUAUAUAUGUAAUAACUGCAACAUAUAACCGGCUCGUCCAAAGAGCCGACCUGACUCGUCUUUCAAAUGCCUUUCGAUUAGUAAAACGGCUACACUGGAUUGUUGUUGAACCCGAUGGUCAAAUUAAUGAUAUACAAAUAUUUGAAGAGCUGCGAUACACUAAAAAGUUAUCAGCGUGGCCUGUUGCGUUUUCUGGUAGGAAAAAGUACGAGACACCGAUAGUUGAAAAUGGCAAGAAACUUCCCAAUAGAUAUACUAUAAAUGUUAAAUUUCUGUGGAAGUAUCAUCCAAGAUUUACUAGUAUGAAAGACUUUCAUAAUGGAUUUGAGGAGAUUAAAUUUUUAGAACAAUGUUGCACAGUUGAUGAAAUUGAACCACGUGCUGAUAACUGCACAAAGAUUUUGGUAUGGCAUACAAAAACAGAGAAAUCUAAGAUAGAUAAAAUCGACCACAAUGUUCCAAAGUCAGCAGUUUGA